UGCAGAUCAUGGUGAGAAACUGCCUCCCAUGUCAACGUUCAAAAGUGCAACGGCAUACUCAGGCACCACUUGGCAACUUCACCGUUCCCGAUGCUCGUUUCAGUCAUGUGCACAUAGACACCGUUGGUCCACUGCCGCCGUCGAGUGGAUACAAGUACCUAUUGACUUGCAUCGAUCGCUUCACUCGUUGGCCCGUGGCAGUACCCAUCGCAGACAUUUCUGCAGAGACGGUAGCACAUAACUUUGUGGCUCAUUGGAUCGCGCAUUAUGGUGUACCAUCCACCAUAACAACUGAUCGCGGUGCGCAAUUCGAGUCGACGCUUUUUCGAGAAUUAACUAAUACUCUCGGAACCAAGCGUAUAAGAACAACUACGUACCACCCAUCAUCGAACGGGUUAGUCGAACGUUUCCACCGUCAUCUCAAAACAGCUUUGAUGGCAUGUUCCGACACUACCCGUUGGACAGAAACCUUACCGCUGGUUUUAUUAGGUCUUCGAACGACACCUAAAGCUGAUUUAGGUUGCUCCACCGCGGAGCUGGUAUACGGUACCACGUUAAAGCUCCCGGCUGAUCUCGUUCAACCGACCGACAUCGACGCUAUAGAUCCUUCAAACUUUGUCCAUCGGCUACGUUCAUCUAUGCGUGAACUGCACUUUAUCCCCACACGCGCACACUCCAAUAAGUGUUACAUACCGAAAGAUCUCGAAACUUGUUCACACGUGUGGGUACGAAAUGAUGCAGUCCGCAAGCCAUUACAACCACCGUACGAAGGACCAUUCGAAGUGAUCGCUAGAACCGAAAAACAUCAUAUGAUCAACAAGAAUGGCAAAGUCGAUGCGGUUUCC